CUGCGUUAAUCUGAUGCAACGAGUCGGAUCGAACGGUCAGAAUUGGUCGGUUGUGUCAAAUUUGAUUGCUAACUUAUUGUUAGUUAUUAAAUAUACAUAUAAAUAUAAUUUACGCCUGAUAAAAUCAUUUCGAUAGUAUCAAUGCAGUUUGCAACGAAAAUAAAAGUGAGAGAGUGCUAGUGAUUCUUAGAAGAAACAAGGAAUCGACAACUGAUAAAAGAAUCCCUUUUACGAUUGUUGUUCCUUUAUUUUUAUAAUAAAAGUGCUACUUCAUAUAAGACAAAUUCUAUAUUCCUGUAAAGAUGGGAAAAAUAUUUGAGCGUCGAUUGGAACGACCAUCACCAACUAUAUCUGUAGGACAAGCCAUAUUGGAAAAACUGCGUGAAAAUGGCGAUGAGGUUUUGCUAAUAGACGGACACAAUGGUAACCAGAUGACGAAUAAGGGACUACUCGAGAAAAGUGUGAAAUUCGCGAAUUUUUUACAAAAGAACGGGAUAAAAAUUGGGGACAGAAUUGCCAUCGCAUCUGAAAAUCGAAUAGAUUGGUUGAUACCGGCUUGUGCGACUUUUUAUAUUGGUGCUAUAUUAGCAUCGUACAAUCCUUUGUACACGGAAUAUGAAUUCCAAUACCUAUUAAACAUCGCAAAACCGCGUAUUAUUUUGGUGUCUCAACGCACCGAACGUCUUAUUGCUAAAAUCGUUCCGAAUUUAUCCUGGAAGAUAACAUUAAUAGAAUUGGAUGAUCAACCGUUUGCAACAGACAUCCGUACGUUGAAGGAUAUUUUAAAUAAUGAAGAAGCCGUAGAUUUUCUGGGAUACAAAGCUGUAGAUAUCGGUGACAACAGCAAACACCCGUUGGUUAUUUUGUGUUCGAGCGGAACUACUGGAUUGCCAAAAGGAGUAACCUUGUCUCAUAAAAAUCUAUUAGCAUUUAUAUCAAAAAUAACGCAACCUGAGUACUUAGAUAUAAGGCAUCGCGAUAGAAUCCUGCUAUUCCUACCGUUCUUUCACGGUUACGCCACAGGCAUGCUCCUGGCCUGCAUGUACACAGGCUCCAUCAUAGUCAUGAUGUCCGCUUUCGAGCAGGAACUCUUCCUGGACCUGAUACAGAAGUAUAAAAUCACUCAUCUGCCGCUUGUGCCGCCAAUCCUGAUAUUCCUGGCGAAACACCCGCUGGUGGAUAAGUACGACUUUCGCAGCGUGAGAGAACUAGUCUGUGGAGCGGCGCCGCUUGCGAUGGACGUCGCAGCCGCUGUGAAGUCUCGCAUCGGCAUAAAAUACAUUCGCAACGGCUAUGGCAUGACAGAGUUAUCGGUAGUAAGCAAUUUGUGCGGACGUGAAGAUGAAGAUGAGUCGUUUGAGAAUGCGGCAACCGGAGUAUCCUUGCCCGGUUUCCUUAGCAAAGUAGUCGAUCUCGAGACGCAAGAGACGCUGGACGUUGGUCAGGUGGGCGAGAUCUGCUACAUGGGAGAGCAAUUGAUGAUGGGUUACUGGAACAAUUCAGAGGCCACUAGGCAGACCAUCGACCAUGACGGAUGGCUGCACACCGGGGACGUCGGCUACUUCGACGACAAGGGCAAUCUGCGCGUGGUCAAUCGUAUCAAAGAGCUGAUCAAGUACAAAGGCUAUCAGGUCUCGCCGACAGAGAUAGAGACGGUCUUACUGUCGCAUCCUGCAGUGAAGGACACCGCGGUCAUAGGAAGACCUGAUGAACGCAGUGGUGAGAUUCCUAUGGCUUUCAUAGUAAGGCAACCCGGCACUACGAUUACCGUACAGGAUCUCCAGGAUUUUGUCAAACAGAAAUUGUCGCCGCAAAAAUGGUUACGUGGCGGAGUGCAAUUUAUCGAUGCCAUACCCAAGAAUCCUUCCGGCAAGAUUUUACGCCGCGAACUUCAAGCAAUGAUCCCUAAACUUUAAUAAUACAAAUUUAAUUGCUAGUUUCGAUAAAUUAUCGAUAAAUAUAAAUAUUAAAAUAUAAAUCGAUAAAUAUAAAUAUUAAAAUAUAAAUCUUCCUGCAGGCUGGUAUAAUUACAAUUAUGUAGAAAAAUACAUAUUUUUAAUACUGUUUAAAAUCGUUUAUCGCUUCGAAAGUUAUUUUAUGUAUUUUAUGCUAAACAAAUAGAUGUUUCAUUGCAAAUAGAAAUGAUUAAACGUGUGGAUGUUUCUCUGGAAAACAAAUUUAUUCUAUAUAGUAUGCUGUCACGUCGAGUAAUUUAUAAAUGAACUGUUGACCAACUAAUGUGCGGCCACUCAAAUAAAUACGAACGUACGUUGGCCCAGUUUCUCUCUCAUAUAUAUAUUGAAACAGCACAGCGAGAGGGUGCUUUCGAGUUAUUACGCGAUAUCACUUUUACCCCAACCUACGGUGCUACGAAAAUAAGUGAAGAAACCUGUUGCGUUACAUACGUCAAGUAAGCGACGAACAACGCGCGCUCUCGUACUUCAUCAAUAUCCAACUUCUUUCCCGCUUUACGACGAUACACAGUCGAACUUUUUAUCGAUCUUCAUGUAUUUCUCAUGGAAUUUCUGUAAUAAGAAAAAUAUCUAUAACAGAGUUAAACUUUCUGAGUGAACGACAAAAAUUGUAAUGACUCACGAUGAUCGAUUCAAGCCCUAAAAUCUUCAUGUGGCAUUAAAUUAUCGGAAGCAUCAA